AUAACCGGAAGACGUACUUUACGCAGUUCCUUUUCCUUCCUGACCACAACAAUGGUUCGUUAUCAGCUGGCAGUAGGACUUCAGAAGGGUCACAAAGUGACUCGAUUAGCCAACGGCCGUAAAGAUCGUCCAACCCGUAGAAAGGGGACAAUAUCAAAGCAUGCACGCUUUGUGCGAGACCUGGUACGUGAGAUUGCUGGAUUUGCUCCAUAUGAACGACGAUGCCAGGAAUUGUUAAGGAUUUCAAAAGAUAAACGUGCCCUUAAAUUCUGCAAAAAACGGUUGGGCUCUCACAUUCGUGCCAAGAGAAAGAGAGAAGAAAUGGCAUUGGUCCUCCAGAAACAGAGGAAGGCACAGCAGGCAGCCAAGUAAACAGUGUUUUUGGACUUUUGUCAUGCCAUUAAAAUCUGGAAAGACA